AUGCUCUCAAACAACAUUCUCACGAUACUGGCCAUCGUCGGCCUCUCGGCCGCUCAGAUCCAAGUCCCGCCCUCCAACGCGGCUGACUGCCCUCGCACAAUGUGCCUCGACGGCAUUAACCCAGAAUGCGGAAUUCGAUGGGGAGGCUGCUACGACAUGUGCCAGCCGCAAAUGAGGCCCACCAUGCCGCCUUGCAAGUCCACGCUGAGCAAGUCGACAAUCUCGCGGACGUCCAAGCCUCCGUUCACAAAGCCCACUCGGCCCAGCCUGCCAGUGCCCACGCGCAGCCCGACAACCACGCCGGCGCCGCCUAGCUUGAGUCCCCUGCCCUCGACGCCGAUCGACAGCUGCAGCACGCGUACCGUGUGUAUUGAUUACAUCAACGAGUGCGGACAGUGGUAUGGCGGAUGCCACUCCGCUUGCCAGCCCUGGCCGUCGUACUCCAAGCCUCUGUGCACACCCACGCCCAGCUUGACUGUCAACCCUUCGACGUUACAAACCGACUACUAA